AUGUUAAUCUAUUUGUUAACAGCUGCUUUUAUUUAUUACACUAUAUGGAUUUUAAUCAUGCCUUUUGUUGACGGGAUGAACCCAACUCACAAAUUCUUCUUAGAUCGUGAAUGGGCAAUUGUCGUACCAGUAUCUUUGAUGCUUUUUGGAAUUUGCUUAGUUGGAACAUUUAUUUCAUUAGUGAUGAUCAAAUCUGAAAAAAACACUCGAAAGACGUAA